AACCAACAACUCAUUAGAAAGAGAGAGAAACAAAGAUCUAGGGGCGACUGUAAGAAAAGAACACAGGACGUUAAUAUCCAGAGAUGGCGAUGAAAAUUAUCAGCAUGGCAGCACUUGUCGCUGUUGUUUUGGCUUCAAACGUGUUGCAGAGCACAUACGCUGCAACUUACACUGUCGGAGACACCGCUGGUUGGACUGUCCCUACCGGGGGUAAUACUGAAUUCUACGAUAACUGGGCUGACAAUAAGAACUUCUUGGUCGGGGAUGUUCUUGUGUUUAACUUUGUUACCGGAGCACAUAAUGUUGAGGAGGUGACUGAAGCUGUUUACGACAGCUGCAACGGUACCAACAAUCCCAUAUCUACACAUAAUACCGGACCGGCAAGAAUUACCCUUAACAGGCUCGGUGAGUACCACUUCAUUUGCAGUGUCCCCGGUCACUGUACCGCCGGACAAAAGCUCAGUGUCGAUGUCCGAAAUGGUCCAAGGACUGCCGCCCCCACGCCCGGUUCAAGCCCCAACGGACCCGGAAUACCUGGAUCAGGCCCCAACGGUUCUCCUAGCUCGGCUUCAUCCCUCGUUGCCGCCGUCUCUCUGGCCAUCAUGUCCAUUGCCUUAGUUUUGCUCUGCUAAUUAUGUUCCACCCUUUUGCCUGUUUUCUUUUUUUAUGUGAUGUUUCAUAUGUCAUAAGUUCAGAGUUCAGACUUUGUACCCAAUACACAGAUACUUUGAUUAGUUUUAUUGUUGUAGUGAUUGUGGAGCGACAUUUUUGUAUGUUUGAAUAAAAAUUUUGAUUCAUUUCUUUC